UAUGUUGAUUUUGAGAGCUUCCAUGCUACAACGUUUACUUUGACAAACUCACAACGGCACUCAGCUCCUUUAGCUAUUCUUUUCAAGAUCUUGAUUCCAGUUUUCUUCUUGGAAUUUCCCUUUUGGCCUUUUUCUUUCUAGCUUCGAUACUCUCUCCCUCUCUCUCUUCUAUUCACUCUACAAAUACACUUUUCACUUCUCUCUCAACUCACUAAUUAUUUUCUGUAUCCGGGUUCGGCGAGUUCGAUAUGGUGGAUGAAACAGAGAAGAUGCCCGAGUUUUUUAUCAACGAUAAUGUGGAUGUUCUGAUAGAGAUAUUGAAGAGACUCGAUGAUCGCUCGCUCGGUGUGGCUGCUUGUGUUUGCAAGACGUGGUGCUCGUUAACUCAGAAUGACUCGUUUUGGGAACACAUGUGCUUCCGCCAGCUCUCACCGCCGCCGGAGGGUGUGCGGGCUGUGGUGGUGGCAUUGGGUGGCUACCGGAGGCUGUACAUGGGCUGUGUGAAGCAAGUACGGGAGGUACGUGAGUUCAACAGAGUUUGGACUCGGCAUGAGAUGGAACUCUCUCUGUCUUUGUUCUGUGUUGACUAUUAUGAGAAGGUUUUGCUUGGUGGUGGUGGUGGCGGCGGUCAACUUGGAGGUGACUCGGCCUCCUCCGCCUCCUCCUCCUCCUCGUUGAUGCUCUUUUGCAAAGCUGUGAACGUGUGAUGGGAGUCAAUGAUAUCAUUUUUAUUUAUGAGUAGCAUUUAUUAUGAUUUGAUUUAUUAUUGGCAUUUUUACUAUGAUAUUCAUUCAAAAAGAAAAGACAAUUA